AUGAAUGAAUGCAGAGUAUGUGAUUCUAAAUUUUUAGGAAUCACAAUAGUUUAUAGUCAGUUGGGUGCAAUAGUUUUCAAUGAUUCGUUGAAACAGGCAACAGAGGAAAAAUAUCCAUAUGACAUUGGAAAGUCUAUUCAACCUUUCGUGUUAUCUGAUUGUGGGACUAACUUACUUCAUCAUCAAGUUUGGUCAGAACGCAAUUAUUUACUCUGUGAUCAGAAAUUGACCAAAACAAAUCAUAUACCAGCGUUAAACAGUAAUCCAAUUCAGUCUAUCCAUCAUUCACUUCCAAUAACAUGUACAUAUAAUUUUUAUCAGUUAUCGAAUACUUUUGCAACACCCAAACAUUACUGGCCUAUAUUUGAUGUACCUAUCACACUGGAACAAUAUGAAAUGAGAUAUACAAUAGACAAAUUUGAUUUAAAUACAGCUAUGGAUUAUGCAAAGCUAAUACCUAUGGAUAUAAAUUAUGACGAAUUAUUAUCAAUCAAACGGCAAAAUCAACAGAAUCAAUUGUCAUCUACUUCACAGGUCAUUGAAUCUCCACUAUCUGGUAUUCAUGGGUCAAUAAAUGAUUUAAAACCUGAGUUGACAGUCUUCAAUGAUACUACUAAUCAGUCAAUAAUACAUUUACCCCAAUGCAUGCAUUCACUACCGAAAUCAAACAUGAAUACUGAUAGUUACUCAAAUAAUCAAUAUCUGCCAGUAACAUUCAUUAAUCAAUCUACAUUGAAUGAUUAUUUUCAUACACUAGUCGAUUCAAUCAAUCCAUUCAAUGUAUGCAAUGAUAGUAUUGUUUGUUCAAGUCUGUCAAACAACUCAGACUAUGUUGAUACGGUAUUAAUUAAUCUGGAUCAAGCACCUAAUCAUCGUAUUCUCAGUCAAUGGAGUUCAUCAUCGAAUAUGCAUAAGCCAUUAGUACCAUUAAUAAAAUUUUCUUGUUCAAAAUAUCAUCACAUUCCAGAGGAUGAUAAUAUUUUACAUGGAAACGAAUUAUUCAGUGGUUAUUCAUUGAAUGAAAAUGAAUCGAAGUCUAUGAAAGAAUUGGUUGAGCAAGAUAUUCAAGAAUGGACUAAACGUUUCCCAGAACUUAAUUCAAUGUGUUCAAUUGAAAAUGAGAGUGACGAUGAAAAAUCCAAUGAAAAAACGUUGCUUACACUAAAUAACAAGAAUGAUGUUAAUCCACUAUUAAAUUUGAACAAUGCACCGAUCGAAGAGUCGAAGAAAUAUCAAAAUGAAAUUUUAUCUGUGUGUAGAUUCAAAUUCUGCGAUGACGAAUAACUUACAGAACAUAUAUACAACCGAGAAAUAGUAUACGGCAUUCCACUAGGAAUCAAAUAAUUUUUCAAAAGUUCUUGUCAUAUCUAUCAUUAAGGAUCUAUAUUCAUAAAUACUGAUUAAUAGCUGUCAUGAAGCUGUGUCCAUCAUUGGAUAAGUUAUUUCUAAAAAACUGUUUAAAUGCGAGCUGUAACACAAUGAUAUAAGUGUUUUUACUAAUUAAGAAAGAAAUAUCGAUCGAUCAUUCUCAUUCGUCUGAUACUAAUGCUAGUUCAAUGCAUGAAAAUUUGUCCAUUUGAAGUGAACAUUGAAAAAGAUGUACAUUUUCAUUACGUAAAUUAUCACCAUUUUCCAACUGUGAAUAUAUAAGCAAUCAAUCCAACUGACUUGGACUUGCAGUGGCUAAAUGGCUAUGGACGCUAACUUGUGUACUCACUCAUAAGGUCUUAUAAGAGGCUUCAAUGUUUGAUAGUAAUAAUUACUGAAAACGUCAUGCAGGAAUAGCAUAAAUAAUAGCAAAUAUCAAGUCUUAUUCGUUAUUCUGUAAACUAGAAACAAAUUCACUGAGAUUCAAACAUCUGAUAUUUGAUGAAUUAUAAAAUGGUGGUUGUAGAAGGAUGGUUGUAAUAGGAUACUUCGAUGAUUGAGCAUUCGUGGAAGAUUGUGACCGUGGAAAAAAUUAGUUUUCGAAUAAUAUAUCUUAAAUAAUUUUAGCUUGGAAGCAAGUGAAAUGUACAUCAAUCUUAAUAUUGUACAAGUGAUGUUGAGAAUUCCUAACUGCUAACAAAGUUAUGUCAAAGAAAGCUGUUUCUGUUUUGUAUUAUUACUAUCCUUAUGUAUGAGUUGAGAAUUGAUGACACUCUCAAGAAAGCAAACUGAGUAUCGUAGAAAUUUUGAGCACAUAUUACAAAGAUUUAUAAAUUGCAUUUCAACAAUACAUCAGUCGGUCACAGACUGACAGCUUAGCAAAGAUGAACUGCACCGAUGUCAGACAAUUUCAGAUUGAUUGAAUGUAAUUGAUGUUUGUCUUAUUCUCACAAAACACAACAUUCAUCAAUUCGUAACCGUGGCAAUAACGACAGAGAAGUGUUGACAUUCUUAUUUACUUAAUUGAAAGGAAAUCACCAUUGAUGCUCAGUGGUCGAGUAGACUACGAUUCACCGUAAAUUCUUCAAACAUUUAUUCUUUCUGGUUGAGUACGAUAAGCUGUGAAACAUGAUUGGUUAAUUUGGUAUGUCAACUUGAACUGAUGUACAUACAGACCAAGUACUACAUUUUCGCUUACUUACUGAUUGAUUGAAAGUUCAUUUCUUAUACUAUGUACAACAAACAACCACUUUUGACUUAUUCACGCGUAAUUUUUAUUUUCAUUACACAGCUUGCUGCAACCACCUAUGCCGGUAUACAAACUAUAUCCGCUUGUGAAACACUAUUUGUGUAGUAGAAGUUGACUUCUAUUUUCAACUCAGCAGGCAGG